ACGGCCCCUUAGGGUGCUGGCAGAAGAAGAGCGGCUUCCCUCACACUCACCUCCUUUCUCCACCUCCAGUCUCCCAAGCACGUCGGGCACUGCCCGGAGCGCCUGGCUCCAGAUCCGUGAAAACCGGCCAAGUAUAAAGGCUUCUCAAGAAUGAGAUGGACCCCGGGGCGUCCUCCCCUGAGAAGCAGGAGAAAGGGAAUUUAGUGGGCAUCCACAGUAAGCGGCUGGGUGUCUGCGGCUGGAUCCUGUUUGUUCUUUCUCUCCUGUUGGUGAUCAUUACCUUCCCCGUCUCCAUAUGGAUGUGCCUGAAGAUCAUUAAGGAGUAUGAACGCGCUGUUGUGUUCCGCCUGGGACGCAUCCAAGCCAACAAAGCCAAAGGACCAGGUCUGAUCCUGGUUCUGCCUUGCAUAGAUGUGUUUGUUAAAGUCGAUCUCCGGACUGUUACGUGCAACAUUCCCCCACAAGAGAUCCUCACCAGAGACUCCGUGACCACCCAGGUGGAUGGGGUCGUCUACUACAGAAUCCACAGCGCUGUCUCGGCCGUGGCUAAUGUCAACGAUGUCCACCAAGCCACCUUUCUGCUGGCCCAGACCACCCUGAGGAACGUCCUAGGGACACAGACCUUGUCCCAGAUCUUGGCUGGCCGAGAGGAAAUAGCCCAUAGCAUCCAGACCAUACUGGACGACGCCACGGAGCUGUGGGGCAUCCGGGUGGCCCGAGUGGAGAUCAAGGACGUCCGGAUCCCCGUGCAGCUGCAGAGGUCCAUGGCGGCGGAGGCCGAGGCCACCCGGGAGGCCAGGGCCAAGGUCCUUGCUGCAGAAGGCGAGAUGAAUGCUUCCAAGUCUCUGAAGUCGGCCUCCAUGGUGCUGGCCGAGUCCCCCGUCGCGCUCCAGCUGCGUUACCUGCAAACCUUAACCACCGUGGCCGCGGAGAAGAACUCCACCAUCGUGUUCCCUCUGCCCAUGAAUAUCCUGGAGGGUAUAGGUGGCAUCAGCUACAAUGACCACAAGAAGGCUCCCAGCAGAGCCUGAGGUCCUGUGGCAGCCGGCCACUGCCCAGGGAGUCGUGUCUAUUCCUGCGGAGAGCCAGCAGUAGGAGUCCUGAGAAUGGCAACACUAUUCAAGCGAAAACUCCACAGGUGUCACAGCAUUAGCAAGGACAUGCAUUAGAGGCUGCCAAAAAAAAGAGGCAAAAAUGAGGGCUUUGUACUUCUAUUUUUAGGCACAUAAACAACUUUGCAUUACUCUUAGGAUAAUCAAUUCAUAGGUGUCCUGGACUUAUAUACCAAAAGACCUUUCUUACAGUAGAGGGUGAAAUUGUUGGGGGACGGUGACUCAGCUCUCAGAAUUACUUUGUAAUAGUUUUAAGAAGCACUGUAGAUCAUUUGUAAAGUAAUACAUGUCUCUGAUUUAUACGAGAUACUUGCUUUAUAAUCUCAAAGCAACUACUUGCUAAAUUCUUGAUGAUUACAAUAAAAUCCCACAAUGCUUGAAAUUUGGAUUUGAUGAUGGUGUUAAAGACUAAAGAGGCCCCGAGGCUCUGGCUGCAAAUUCCUCACCAGCCCCCUAGCCCCACACCCUGGGCGGCAGAUUGCGUGAGACCCCCUGGGUGCGCGUCCCCCAGUCGGGAGCAGCGCCAGUUCCCAGCCUCGCAGUACCUUGUAAGAGUCGGGACAAGGCUCAGCGCAGCCACCAGCUUGUCUGUUAUUUGCUCACAGGUGACAAUGCUUGUAGAAGGUUUCCUGGGUUGAAAUCACUGGGGAAUAUCGUCCCAUGGACUUAAUGUUUUCACUCUAUUGUUAGUCCCAAGAGCCACAAGUAAUCAAGAUUAUUUGUAAACUUUACUCUCCCCCUCAAAACAAAGUUAAAAAUAAAGAAGUCAUAGAAUGUGGAUGUGAUGUAUUUUCAGGAUUGCUUUGUCAGAGAUUCUUUUGUGGCCAUAGUGCAGUUUUCUCUUGACAUCCGUUUUGUGCAAUGGGGUGAAAUUUUUUUUGUUACCUUUCACUGAAUGUCUGCUCUGUGUGACCCUGUGUGCAGCCCCUUAUGUGCCGGAA